UCCAAAUAAUAUGUUCCAAGUUAGUAGGAUUGAAACACGUGUUCACUUACUCGAACCUACUCCCGAAAAGCUCUCUCUCCACUUAGCCAUCACUUUUUCGAUUUUAUGCGACAUCGACACGUCGUCUCCUCUCAUUGGCAAGUACAAGGACGUCAAUUUAUUCAGUGGGCUCCACUCUGACAAAAAAAUUCCACCAAUCACCUUUCUUCACUAUGUUAAGAGUUGCCCUAGACACGUGGUGCCUCUACGCCCAACCACCGUGAUGCCGUUAUGAUUAUCGUCAAUCUUUCCUGAUAGAGAGAGAGAGAGAGAGAGAGAGAGAGAGAGAGAGAGACCAGAGAGUUUGCUCCGUGUGUCUGUGCGAGAGAGUGUGAGAGAGAGGAAGAGCGGAGAGUUAGCCAGUUUGGUGGUGUUUGAGGGAAGAUGGAUGGCGGAGAAGGAUGGCGCGUGAUAACAUGCGCCGCUGAUGCUCAGGAUAAAACGAUAAUCAACCGGAUAAUGCACAGAUUCAGGCCGAUUGCGCCGAAACCAGCAACGGAUGGCUGGAAGCAGGAGAACAAGAGCGCUUUGCUUACUAGUGUAAGGACGAAGAGAAAAUAUGUUAGGGUUAAGAAGAGUAACGAAUACUAUAAAAGGAGAAAAAGGAAAUCAUCAGAUCUAGAAAGAGCUGCGGGAGAAAAAGAUGAUUCAAACGAUAAGCUUUUAACGCUCCAGUUACUUCCAGAGAAAACUGAUCUAGCAAAAGAUUCAACCCUAGAUAAAGGAUCUAGCAGUGGUGUUGAUCUUAGGGCAAAAAAAGAUCAUACGGAUCCUUCGGUGUUGUUGAAGUCCAGAAAACAGGUAACUGGUGAUCCGAUUUGCCUCGCCUUUCCAGAUCGGACGGCGGCGAUGGCAGAUAACCGAAUGAUAGAGACGUGGGUGACGGUGGAGAGCGUGACAGACACGUGCAUGGGGGUGGUAGAAGGGUUAGGGUGUACGGACAUGGAGAAAAUGAAUAAUCUGAAAAAGGACACGUGUCCGGGGUUUAUAUCGGAUGGUAUAAGCAGAGUAGUGUGGGUAAACGAAGCAUACAGGAAGAUGGUGAUGUUUAGGCCGGUGGAAGAAAUAACGGUGCGGUUGGCGAUAAAAGAGAAACUAUUGCCAUAUCUGCACUACCAAACAUUUACGUGCUGGGUUAGGUUACAGUACACGUGGCAGAAGGAGAAGUUCUCACAGAUGGUUCCGUGUGAUGUAUGGAAGAUGGAGUCUGGUGGAUUUGCAUGGAGGCUAGACACUAAGGCAGCUUUAAGUUUGGGUCUUUGAAAAUGGGUAACAAGAAACAUAGACCUCUCAUUUCAGGUAUAAGCUUUAUCCUACAUCUCUCACCUUAUAAUAAGUUUCUUCAUAAGCUGGAGAAGCAAAUCUCUGUAUAUAAUUACAUACAUAUAAGUAAAUUCCAGUAGGUGCAAAAGCUUCUCAAAACUUUAUAUGUAUAAACAUAUGGGGACCCAUACAAGAAAGAAAAGGAAGCAACAGGAACGAGAAAUAGUAUGUAGAUGGGUUCGAAGGAACUGGGAUUAAUGGAUGAGUUGCAGUUAACAUGUUUGACUUGUGGUAUGAUUGCCACGCGGGGGAGGUUUGGACCAUUGGAAGACGAAGAGAACUUCCCAAUUGGCCCAACCCUUUCUCUUGCGUUUUGGUGAUUGCAAUGCCUGUCUGUAUGAAUUGAAUUUGCCAAAA